AUGCGUACUCCAAUUGCUAUCGCGCUUGCAUGCAUUGCUGCUGCAACCAUCUCUGUUGAGGCACUUCCUGCCAAUUGCUCAAAGACGUACAAAGUCGUUGCUGGAGAUACCUGUAAUAAGGUUGCCACCAAGGCUGGUAUCUCGGUCGCCACCUUGACUUCAUUGAACAGCCAAAUUAAUUCCAAAUGUAGCAAUUUGAAAGUUGCUGAGAAAUUGUGUUUAGGCACCACUAAAUCUACUACCGUCAAGAAGAAGACUACUACCAAGAAGAAGACUACUACCAAGAAGAAGACCACCACCAAGAAAACCACUAAAAAGACCACCACUAAAAAGACCACCACCAAGAAGGCAACUACUACCAAGAAGGCUACCGCUAUUACUACCACCAAGAAGCCUUCUACCACCACCACUACCACCAAGAAGCCUUCCACCUCCACCACUACCUCUGCUGCUCCUACUGCUACCAGCGAUCUCGUUUACAACUACGGAUUGACCGCUCAAGUGAGCAGCAAGACUGAUUUCUGUCUCUUCUUGCCUUCCACUCCUGGUGGAAAGGGAGACAACAAUGGCAAGGUAGAUGAUGAUGCCAUCUCCAAGUCUGAAAAGAGCGCUGUUCCCUUUUGUUUAAAGAACAGUGCUAAUGCACCUGGUGCUCGUACUUUGCCCGUUACCUUUAUCAAGACCUCCUACUACUUCCAGAACACCACUGCUGGCUAUGUCCAAGUUACUGGUUCAUUCAAUCCUGCUGCAUGGGAACUCUCCACUAAGGAUGGCGGUGGACAAUACGAUAACCACGGUGCUGGAUCUCCCCCCAACUCCAUGUGCUAUGGUUACAGAUACUAUGUCAAUUUGAUUGAACCUGAUGGCGGACAUUACUGUAUGAGAUGUUGUGAUCAUUACGCUGAUUGUAAUGCCGGUAGAAGUACCUAUGGCUGCAAGCGUGUUGUUGAUAACGGCGUGUAUCUUUAA